AUGUCAGCCGAGCAGGAAGCGGGUGCUGCUCCCAGCGAGCACCUGAACAUCAAGGUCACCGAUAACAACAAUGAGGUCUUCUUCAAGAUCAAGCGAUCCACGCAGCUGAAGAAGCUUAUGGAUGCUUUCUGCGAUCGCCAGGGAAAGCAGAUCUCCACCGUCCGCUUUUUGUUUGACGGUACUCGAGUGCGCCCAGAGGACACGCCAGACACGCUUGAUAUGGCCGAUGGCGAUACCCUAGAGGUUCAUCAGGAGCAAAUUGGUGGCGGCGAUGUCCUUUUGUAG